UAAUUUUCAAAGUUACAAGUUAUCCACUUUUGUAGGCGUAGUACUACUUUUGUAGUUUUUGAUCUUCGAUUUAGUUUACUAUCUGUUGUUUAAUUUGUAGUAUUAUUCUGCUAAUAUUUGUUGGCUUUUUUAUUUUCUAUUGUCUCUUUAUACUUUCAUUACAUCUUUUUUUCUAAAUUGUUUCGCCUUGAGCCGAAGGUAUAUCGAAAACAACCUCUCUAAUUCAUAUAUGAGGUAGAGAUAAGGAAAUUGGAGUAGUGAAAUCAUCGAUGGGUACUGCAGAAAUAAUGAAUAAGAAGGUGAGGCCAGUGAAGGAUGGGGCAAUAAAUUGUCCUAGGUGUAAUUCAUUAAAUACAAAGUUUUGUUACUACAACAACUAUAGCCUAACUCAACCAAGAUAUUUCUGCAAGACUUGUAGAAGGUAUUGGACUGAAGGUGGAACUCUAAGGAAUGUUCCUGUUGGUGGUGGUUCUAGAAAAAACAAAAGAUUAUCCUCUUCUUCCCAAAAGCUCCCUGAUCUGAACCCUAAUCCCACUAGUCAUGUUCCAGCUCAUCAUCAAAGCCCUAAUAAUAUUGUAAUUGGAAGUAACCAAGAUCUUACCCUCGGAUUUCGAACUGUGCCACAAGAUCAUCACACGUCGUUCCAUGGUGUCAUUCCUCAGUUUCUUGAAUUGCCAAAGAUGGAUGGAAGCAACAAUCAUCUAGGUAGCAGUAGUCAAAUUUCAGCUCUGGAGCUGCUUAGGACUGGAAUAGCCUCAAGAGGGUUUACUUCAUUCAUCUCCUCAGCAUCAACACCAGAUUUGAAUGCUUUAUACAAUAAUUCAGGUUUUCCAUUUCAAGAAUUAAAGCCUGAUCAUGCAGCUUCUUUAAGUAAUAAUUAUUCAAGUGGUGGGCCAGGGGGUCUAGAAAAUGGAUCAGGUGCAAGAAUAAUGUUCCCUCUAGGAGGAUUAAAGCAACUUUCAAGUACAAAUCAAGUUGAUCAUCAGACUAAGGGACAUGAGAAUAAUAAUUCAACUGCUGGAUUAUAUUGGAAUGGGAUGUUAAGUGGUACUGGAGGAUCCUGGUAAAUAAUGUGCACAAAUCUCGUUUUUUUUUCAUGUGCUUUGGUUAAUCCAGACUCUACAUGUGGGAUUACACUGAGUUGAGUAUGUUGUUGUUAUACGUGCUUUGGUUACUAAUAAUUUGUUGUUUAAUUAGAACUAAGUACGUACUAACAUAUAGUAGAAGAUAUAGUUGAUUUCUGGUUACAUUGUUGUUAAUUUGUACUAGGAUUAUUUUGAGAUUAGGGAAGCUAGCUUGAUUAAAGUAAGCUUCUAGGGUUUCUGUACUUAGCAUGUAUGUACUAUAUAUAUGAUCAUUAUAAUU